GGUAAAGGAACACUGUAUCAUAUGCCUGCGUGGGAGAUGUAACAAGUGUGUGUAGUGCACCAGUACGACGAAGUGUCAAGUUUGGAAUGAGUUUGUAGGAUUCUUUUGCAGACGAAAAGGUUCCACAUGCGACAGAAACAACAAUAUAAACAGUAUAAUUUCCUCAAGGGUGGUUACAUCGAAUCGCUGAUCUUCGCGGGGGAGAUAAUGUGGGAGCAAGAUGAAUUCGAAAAACAUUGGAAGAAUGAAUUUCCUUACGGAGAAGCACCUAAAAUGGAUUUAACCUCGGUGGAAGAUGUCGAGUCAGAGCUGGAGAAAUGUAAAUCGAACCUCAAAACGCUGCAGCAGGCGCUGUUGGAGGAGAAAUUCAAGGUGAUAUAUUUCCAGACCACCAUCGCUCGACAGAAGAAAAGUUAUGACACGGUGAUGUGGGAAGACGGUAAAGACGAAAACUUGAAUCUUGAACAUUUAUUACCAAGGACAGAAACGGAAAGAAAAUCGCUGAUGACAAACGAAAAGCUAGACAGGGAAUGUAUGAAAGUUCUUGGUAAUGGAAGCAUGAAACUGCAGACACCAGGCAGCAGAGGUACCAAACCAGAGCCGCCGAUCAGGAUCAGUAGCAGGACAAGUAAACCUAUACCCCCCGCGCCCCCGCGCAAGUCCAGCUUCCAGAAACAAGUGAAUACGAUCUCAUCCGAGCUCUCUCAAGCGGAUGGAAACUGCAUCGGCCGCAUAGGGAAAUUGAAUUCCUUGAGCGAAAGCAACAGCAGAGAGGCCAGUGACCACGAAUACGAGGAUGCGGAGCUCAAUGAGAAUUUCGUAAAGGGCAACAUGGUGACCCCCAACACGACCGUCAGAGACAGCCAGAGGUCGAACACCCACCGGGACACCCUGCGCCCGUUGCGCCACAGCAGGGACUUUGACUCCAGUGAUGAUGGGAGGUUGUCUCCUUCCUGCAUUCCUGCGCACUUCAGGGCAUCCCGUACCGGUGGGUCCGGGCGCAGCACUCCAGACAGACGCAGUGAUGGCAACUUGAGUUCCGACCAUGAAGACUCCUCUUCAGACUUCAACUAUAACACAGACGGGUAUGACGGGGAUGCAGCAGAGGAUCAUAAGAGUCAGGACGGUUCAGAGACCAUGCCCUUCAUAGAUGAGUCCCCCACCAUGUCCCCGAGCCUGUGUGCCCGUGGCCCCGAUGGAGAGGCCAUCUCCCCCAUCCCCCCAGAGGGCCUGCUGCCCGGGGGGGACAUAGAGAAGGGUCUGGAGAUGAAGAAACUGGUUCUGUCUGGCUUCCUGGCCAGUGAGGAGAUCUACAUCAACCAGCUGGAGGCUCUACUACUGCCCAUGCGCCCCCUGAAGGCGACAGCCACCACGUCCCAGCCGGUGCUGACCAUACAGCAGGUAGAGACCAUCUUCUAUAAGAUCCAAGACAUCUUUGAGAUCCACAAGGAGUUCUACGACUCCCUCCUCCCUCACAUACAACAGUGGGAUGAGAAGGUCGCAGUCGGACACCUCUUUAAGAAACUGGCCAGCCAGCUGGGGGUGUACAAGGCCUUUGUUGACAACUACAAGACAGCGGUGGAGACAGCAGAGAAAUGCAGCCAGGCCAACACCCAGUUCCAGAAGAUCUCUGAGAACCUGAAAGUAAAGGGACCCAAGGACUCUAAGGACUGUACCACAAAUGUCACCAUGGAAGCUCUCCUGUACAAGCCGAUUGACCGUGUGACCAGAAGCACACUGGUUCUUCAUGACCUGCUGAAGCACACCCCUAAGGACCACCCAGAUUUCCCCCUGCUGCAGGACGCUCUGAGAAUCUCCCAGAACUUCCUGUCCUCCAUCAACGAAGAGAUCGACCCCCGCAGGACCGCCAUCACUACGCCUAAGGGAGAGGCUCGUCAGCUGGUGAAGGAUGGUUUCCUGGUGGAGAUGUCAGAGGGUUCCAGGAAACUGCGUCACGUCUUCCUCUUUACAGACCUACUGCUCUGUGCCAAAAUGAAGAAGACCUCUGCAGGGAGACAACAGCAGUAUGAGUGUAAGUGGUACAUCCCCCUGGCAGACCUGACCUUCCAGUUGCUAGAUGACUCAGAUGUCUGCCCCCACAUCCAGGUGCUGCCUGAACACGAGAUAGAGGAAAUAAAGAUCAAGAUCUCAGUCAUCAAGAGUGACAUCCAGAAGGAGAAGAAAGCGCUGAAGGGCCAGAGUCGUAAUGUGGAGCGUCUGAGGAAGAAGAUGAAUGAGCAGGAGUCCUGGCUGCUGUUACACUCUCCCACCAUCCCCUUCCGCAUCCACAACAAACACGGCAAGAGCUACCUGUUCCUCCUGUCUUCAGACUAUGAGAGGUCAGAGUGGAGGGAGAGCAUCCAAAAACUACAGAAGAAAGAUCUGCAGACGUGUCAGUUAAGCUCUGUAGAGCUGCAGGUCCUCACCAGCUCCUGCUGCAAACUCCGAACUGUCCACAACAUCCCUGUCACCAGUAAUAAAGAUGAUGAGGAAACCUCAGGCCUGUAUGGAUUCCUCCAUGUGAUCGUCCACUCUGCCAAAGGCUUCAAAGAGUCAGCCAAUCUGUACUGUACCCUAGAGGUGGACUCUUAUGGCUACUUUGUCAGCAAGGCCAAGACCCGCGUCUUCAGAGACACCACUGAACCACAGUGGAACGAGGAGUUUGAAAUUGAGCUGGAGGGUUCUCAGUGCCUUCGGAUCCUGUGCUACGAGAAAUGUUACGACAAGACCAAGCUCAACAAAGAUGACAAUGAGAUCGUGGACAUCAUCAUGGGCAAGGGCCAGGUGCAGCUGGACCCCCAGACGGUGCAGUCCAAGAACUGGCACGUGGACGUCAUAGAGAUGAAUGGGAUCAAGGUGGAGUUCUCCAUGAAGUUUACUAGUCGGGACUUGAGUCUGAAGAGAACGCCCUCCAAAAAACAGAGUGGGGUGUUCGGGGUCAAAAUCAGUGUGGUGACAAAGCGUGAGCGCUCCAAGGUGCCUUACAUAGUCCGUCAGUGCAUUGAGGAGGUGGAGAAGAGGGGGAUCGACGAGGUGGGAAUCUACAGGAUCUCAGGGGUGGCCACUGACAUCCAGGCCCUCAAAGCAGCAUUCGACACCAAUAGCAAAGACAUCCUGGUGAUGUUGAGUGACAUGGACAUCAACGCCAUUGCAGGGACUCUGAAGCUGUACUUCCGUGAGCUGCCAGAGCCCCUGCUCACUGACCGCCUGUACCCAGCCUUCAUGGAGGGCAUAGCUCUGUCAGACCCUGCAGCCAAGGAGAACUGCAUGAUGCACCUGCUGCGCUCUCUGCCUGACCCUAACCUCAUUACCUUCCUCAGCCUGCUGGAGCAUCUCAAGAGAGUUGCUGACAAGGAGCCCAUUAACAAGAUGUCCCUCCACAACCUGGGCACAGUGUUUGGCCCCACCCUGCUCAGACCCUCUGAGUCAGAGGUCACCAAGGGACACAUCACACUGGCCUCUGACAUCUGGUCACAUGACGUCAUGGCGCAGGUCAGUGUGACUUGGGUCCAGGUGUUGCUGUACUACCUGCAGCAUCCUCCCAUCUCCUUCGCUGAGCUGAAGCGGAACACACUCUACUUUUCCACUGACGUUUAAUCCCUUGGGGGUCCAGAGAGAAAGACUCAACAGCAAGUCCCCCCACCCCCAUACCACCCAGCUCCCUUUUAAAACUGGACAGCCCCCGCUGGGAGAAGAGAUGGAGUCAGACGUGAGGGAAGAGGAGACAUGGUGCUCCCCCUGGAUCCCAUAGUCACGUCUUCUAGUGUCAUGUUAGUGUGCAGUACAUCCAUCUGGUGAAGUGCAGGUGUGGAGGGAGCAGCAGACCUCUGGCCCACAGUAACCCCACAGACAGCCACCAUUCUGGGACCUCUAUCAGUGAGGGGUUAAAGGUCAGGGUCUGGUUUGUUACUGACUCCAUUUCUCUCUUUUUUUUCUCCAGAGGCAUUCCAAGAAAAAUUGCAUUUACAUAUUUUAUAAAUAUUAUUUGUUCAAUAGUUCCUUUGUUUCUAUCUGGCUUUGUGCAUGUGGUGGAGGAGGGUUCUGUGUGUAUGUAGAACCAUGUGGGAUCGUUAAAACAAGGAGCUGAGGACUGAGCUUGCAAGCCGCCAGUAAAUGGUCACUGUCAGAUUUUCUCUCCAUGUGCAAAGACAAGAGAGCACAGCCCUCCCUCUGUCUGAGUCUUGGCCAAAUUUGCCCCUAUUAUUUAUAAAUAAAUAUAUUACGUGUGCCUGUACAGUCCAGUACAAUUAGAGAAUUGCGCAACGGAGUCUGUUUGAAGUUGUUUUUUUCUUCUUAGCUUAUUCACAGCCAAGGUUGGCUGAGCUGUACUGAAACGAUCACAGCAACAGUGUAAAAUCUGAGUUUAUUCUGAACCACUCUUUAAAGAGAUAUCAUCAACCUGUGAGAUGAGGGUUAUGGAAAAAUGUAACACAUUUAACAUUUGCUUUUUUUUCGUCAUUACAUUGCAAACCUGUUCUGAGUGUCCAAUGACACCAGUUAUAAUCUAUGGGAUGAUGUUUGUAGUGUAAUGCCCUCAUUGCAUGUUCAGCUUGUCAAUCAUAUCAGGCUGGGAGACAAAGGUAGGUUGUCCCUGCUAGUUUGUUGCACCAGCAAUCUCCAUCAAUGCUGUACAAAUCCAACCUUUCUGCUAUCAAGCCUGAGACAUAUCUUAAAAUAAGCACACAAAAAAAGAUAUUUUAAAAAACAUGUAUUUUACUUCCUUUGAGAACAAUGAGUAUACUGUAUUAACAAGGAUAAAUAUUGAUGUAAACUUCUUUUUAGUAAAAUAAGUGUACCAAAAUGAAGUUGUCUAACUUUUAUUGCAAGUAAUUAUUUUUUUGGUACUUCUGUUUUUGUUUGGUUUGGUGCAUCCUACUGCACUUUGUGAUAGUUGGGAAGUGACAUUCAUGUAUUAUAAUUUUAUCCGUACUGUCCAAACUCUAUUUUUUGCACUGCAAUCUUAAGUAUUCCGAAUCUAUUAAGCAUGCAGUUACCAAACAAAUCAUUAGAAUUGAAAAAUGAAUACAAAACUACAGGAGCAAUUAGCAGUGGUUUGUGUUUUAAUUGAUAACCAGUCCUGCAAUUAAAUGACACAUCGAACCCACAACUCUGAGUUCAUAUUAUUCACCAUUAAUGAAUUUGAAACAUCUGUAGAUCUUAUCCUGGUGGGCACGUCCAGUCAUGUAAUGCAUUGUUAUCUGGGUGGGCACGUCCAGUCAUGUAAUGCAUUGUUAUCUGGGUGGGCACGUCCAGUCAUGUAAUGCAUUGUUAUCUGGGUGGGCACGUCCAGUCAUGUAAUGCAUUGUUAUCUGGGUGGGCACGUCCAGUCAUGUAAUGCAUUGUUAUCUGGGUGGGCACGUCCAGUCAUGUAAUGCAUUGCUUAAUGACUUUAAAUAAACAAUUUACACCGGU